AACAGGAUCGACGCCGCCGCCGCCGUCGAUCAGUGAUCGUUUUGCACGCAUCGCGUUCGUUCGUCUGUCCCGUCGCACGCUCUUGCGCGCCCGUGUCCACCGGCCUUUUCUUCUUUUUUUUUACCCCCCCGUUUUUCUUUUUUUGGUUUUUCUCUCGCGGCGCCACCGCCGAUCGUCAUCGUCGUUUUCAGACAGAGGUCCCGAAAACGGCGUUCGUCGCUCGAUCGUAUUUUGUAUAAUACCUGUAUGACGACGGUAUACGCGAUAACGAUUUAACGAUAUCCGGCGUGUACUUACUACUACACGGGUCCUUUUAUCGGCUUUCAACUCGAUGUCUCUCUCUAUAGCGUCGUCGUCGUUGUCGUUAUCAUCACCGCCGUUUUGAACACCUUUGGGCGUCAGCGGUAAACGACCAUACGCGAUAGCAAUAUUAUUAUCAUCGGUACAUCAGCCGCCGCCGCCGCCGCGACGAGCAGCACGCGAGACCGCCGACGGAAGACAGUCAGAUUGGACUUCGAUUAUGGUCGUCAUUUUUAAACAAGAAUACGAAAACCAAAGCAUGAGCAAUGAAUACAGUUACUCUCGUGGAAGACCUCCUGCAGAAUCCAUUUCUCGAAUUGCAGAUUGGGACAUAAACGAUUCGAUCAUUCCCAGGGUGAGUAACUUCAAUUUAUGGGAAGAAUGGGCUGAUGGGCAUUGUCGCUUGGUAUACCCACCUAAUUGUGAAGAAGCAAAGAGACACGCUUCUGGAUGGGCAAUGAGAAACACCAACAACCACAAUGUGCACAUAUUAAAGAAAUCGUGUCUAGGUGUUUUGCUAUGCUCUAGAAGAUGUAUUCUUCCUUCUGGAGACACUGUUCACCUAAGACCAGCUAUAUGUGACACUCGAAAAAAACAACAAGGUAAACCAUGUCCUAAUAGACAGUGUCAUGGUCACUUAGAAAUAAUGCCCUGUAGAGGACACUGUGGUUACCCUGUCACACAUUUUUGGAGGCAUACAGAGUAUGCAAUAUUUUUUCAAGCCAAAGGUGUUCAUGAUCACCUAAGACCUGAAGCCAAGUCUACUUCAGAAGCACGAAGAAGCUUUGGCACCAGCCGCAAGAUUCGAAACUUCGGCAUGAUCCUAUCUCGUGAUGUUCCUUUCAAUAACAAAGUAUUAAAUUUAAAAAGUCAAAAACAGAAAGCUGCUAUUAGUAAUGUAAAUCGCAAACAGUAUUUAAGUACGCAACUAUCUCAAGAGUUGAUUUCAGAGACUCGAAAUAUAAACUCCUCCUCCGGUUGCUCGUGUCUUCCUUAUUAUUGCGUGUGCAACAACAACAACAGCCGCCUGGCACCCGAGCCCGCCACCACAGCCAUCCUCCAGCAUCAGCAAGCCGCUUACUCAUCUCAUCGUCAUCACCACCACCAUCACCACAAUAACAACCAUAGCAGCAGCAGCAGUAGCAGUGAUGACGAUCUGCACCACCACCACCACCACAACCAAGACUGGGUGUCGUCGUCGUCGUCGGGGCUGCAGAACUACCAAGUGCUGCAACAGCUCCAGUCCGAGCAGCCGUCGUCGGUCCAAAACAUGUCGGCCGUCGUGGACUUUGGGUUCGUGACCGGGCCGCAACCGGCGUCGGCGGUGUACUGCGGUCAACCGAUGCUGCAACCGACGUCCGCCACCGCCAACGACGACGACAUGUUCCAGCUGCAGCACACGACGGCGACGACGGGACAGGACGCCGUCGGUUCUUCUGCCGCUUACCACAAGUGUUCGCCGACCACCGUCUUGGACUUGGGCAGCGGCACCAUCCACAAGAGCAGCCCCGGCGGUCAGUGCGGCGGCGGCGGCGGCGACAACGGAUGGCAACACUACCAGUCGUCGGCGGCGGCCGACUACCACCACCAUCAGCCGGCGGCCGCGGUGCAUCAUCACCAUCUGCAGCCGCAGCAACAGCAACAGCCGUGCUAUCCGAUGAUGAUGCAGCAGAACUGCAGUGGUGACGACGUCGGCUAUCACCAGCAGCAGCUUUCUGUGCAGCAGCAGCAGCAGCUGCAGUACACCGCCAUCAAGACGGAAGACUGCCCCGACUCGCUGGACUUGAUGUACCCGAUGGCGCAGCAAGACGUGGAUUACUCCGUGGGCGGCGGCAUGCACAGCGACGGCUCGUCCAUGGACUUUAUCGGCUCGGACGCCGGGCCCAUGUCGGCCUCCGACGUCGUGUCCGCCGCGCACGUGGUCGACUAUAUGGUCCUCGACCCGGCCAAACUCUUGUUGGCCAACAACAAUUUUUACAUGGACUCCGCUUACUGCGCCGAAGCCAAUAAUAACAACAACAGCGGCGACGCCGCCGCGUUCAACGAGUUCCAGCUGAACGCAGCUGAUAUGCAUACUUGGUCUGCGACCAUCGAUCAAUGAACGUGUGGACCAGCCGAGGCCGUUGAUCAGCGCUGUAAAACUGUAUACGCCAAUACUAUGUAUGGGGCGAUCAGCGUGUCCGGCUGGGAUACUUAUGUGAAAACGUUCCAUAUUAGCUGUCCAUAUUAGCUGUCCACGGCGCGUGAUGUGUACUUGAUCUGCGCUUCUUCUGCGGCGUGCGUGUGUACAUAUUAUAAAAAAAUUUGUAAUUAAAAAUCGUGUUUGACGGCGUGAAAUUUUUUUUUUUUUUUUUGGUUUUUUGAAAUAUGUUUAAAAUAUUAGAAAUUUUAAAUCGCUAGCAUAUAUAUAUAUAUUCAAUUUUGUUUCUUAUUUUUUUAUAUUCUCAAUUUACCUAUUGAAUGUACGUACCUACUUACGUUUUUUUUUUUUUUCGAUCAUUAUUAAUUUUAUUUUUUAUAUAAUAAUAUAAUAUAGUUAUAACGAAUAUUUUAAUCCACGGGUGAUGGAUUGUUAUUUUGACGACAGUUGAUGAUUAUUUUUUUUUUUUUUGUAAACGUCGCCAAUUUUACCGGUACCUAACCUUUUGUCAUACGUAACAGCUAUUACGAAACAUUUUUUUCACUACGGUUAUAGAUUUUUCCCCACAAUGAAAUUUUAAUUUUAAAUUUAACUAUUCACCGUAUCUAAUAUGAAAAAUAUUCACUUUUUGUCUCUUCAUUUUUUCCCUACUCGUUGUCAAAAUGCUCACACAUUGGCCUUUUUUAUUAUUAUUUAUAUUUAUAGAUUAUUGUUAAAUGAAAGUUAAUUAUAAUACGUACAUGGCUUGA